AUGGCCCGCUGCUCGUUCGUUUUGCUCGCCGCCGCGCUGGCGUUGGUCGCAGCCCGGAGCCGCCUGCUCUCCCAGCUGGACGCCAUCGACGUGGACGAGGUGCUGGCAAACCCGGCCAGGGUGGACGCCGCCGUCAGCUGCUUCCUCAGCGACGCCGAUCACGACUGCAACCUCAGGUCCAGGGUCGCCAAGAGUCUGAUUGCGGAGAUGGUGAAGACCAACUGUGGUGAGUGUUCAGAAGGACAGAAGGCCGACAUCACAAAAUUCCUGGCGUUCAUAUCUAAGAAUAAGCCACAGGAGAUGAGGCAGCUGCAUGCCAGAUACGACCCCAACGGCGAAGCUCUGGCGAAGUUUGGCGACGGCUGGAGGCAGAAGGGCAUCAGCGUCUGA